ACGUAUCCGAACAGCGCGCUGUCCUUGCGGGCCUCCGUAGUAAGGUGGUUUCACACAUGCGCAGUAGGUAGCAUGUGGCUAUCUGCAGCUGAGAACACGUUUGUUUAUCUGCACGUCAGCGGCUGUUAGAGGAUAACAUGACAAUGAAACAGAAUACGAGACAUAAGAAAGUUCGAAGCAGCUACAAGAAAGCUGAGGACACCUGUAAUAACGAUAUUCAGCCUGAAGUGGUGGAGAGCAGAGAUGAAGAAGCUAACGGGAAACGGAAAGCUGCUCCUGCCUCGGAUUCAUCUCCGUCAAAGAAAACCAAACUCAGCAACGAUGAGUUCUGUCUGUUUGUGGGAAACCUGAAUGUCACCAAAACAUCGGAGGAAAUCAAAAGUUCUCUGGCGAAGUACUUCUCAACACAGAACCUGCUGUUCCAGGACAUCCGGCUGGGACAUUCCAAGAAACACGCGUUUGUAAGCAUGGCCUCAGACAUGGACCUGAACAAAGCCUUGACUUUGAACGGAGAGGAGAUCCUUGAUAAGCCGCUGAAGAUGGCCAAAGCUAAAGCCAGAAGCAACGAGCAAAAGAAGGCACAGGCUCCGCCGAUGGACCAGAAAGUGAAAGACCACAGAUGUUUGUUUCUAAAGAACGUGCCGUACAACGCAACUGAAGAAGACAUCCGGAAGGUUUUCCGCAGAGCUGUCGCCGUUCGCUUUCCCGGGGGAGCCAAAGGACCGAGUCAGGGCAUCGCCUUCGUAGAGUUUAAAAACAAAGCAGUGGCAGAAGAAAUGCUUAAGAAAAAGCAAAAAGCUCAACUUCAAGGUCGCGACUUGAUAGUGGCCCGAAUCCAACGGCGAGCUGUCACCAACGCAGACAGUAAAAAAGCCAAGGCAGCUGCAGCUCCUUUAAGUAACAUCCUGUUUGUAAACCACCUGCCUGAAUACGUGAGAGAGAACCACCUGAAGUCGUCUUUUAAGAACGCUCUCCACAUCAGGAUCCCUCAUGUGAAGGACAGACCGAAACGAUUUGCGUUUGUGGAGUUUGCAUCAGUGGCUGACGCUAAAAAAGCUCUGCAGGCAUCCAAAAACAGACAGGUCUGCAAAAGAGGAGCCAAAGUUGAAAUGUGUCGCAACAGUUUGCAGCCAGAGAGCUCUGAAGUCAAAGGGAAAACUCUGUUCGUUUCCGGCCUCACUGACGAGACGACUGCAGAGACGCUUCAGGCGGCGUUUGACGGAGCCGUUGCUGCAAGAGUGGCCGUGGAUAAAAACACAGGAGCUUCCAAAAGGUUUGGUUUUGUGGAGUUUGACAGCGAGGGGAGCUGCAGAGCCGCCAAAGACGACAUGGAGGACUGCGAGAUCGAUGGCAGCAAAGUCACUGUAACGUAUGCGGUGUCCAAGGAAGAAGGUUCGACUCGGCCGCCUAGUGGUGGAAAACAGCAGGGUGAAAGACGUCGUCAUGCUGCUGAAGUCAUCAAGUUAAGAAGCUAAUGUUGUCUCAGGAGAUUCUAAUGAUGUUCCUUCGUUAUUUAAGACCUUCUCCCAGUAACACCUUUAAGCUGCUUUAGGAAAAAUGUCACAUUUUCUGAACAGAUCUGGUUUGGAUUGUAAAGUUUUCCAUCCCUGAAGGUUUACCAACAAAAAUGUCCUCAUUAUAUUAUAAGAUUAUGUUUUGUACUGAUGAGAAAAAUGUCUUUAAAUCCAAAUAUGCAUUUUUUUUUUUAAGUUUUUUGUGAAACCUUAAUAAAGUCUAGUAAACCUCCUC